AUGUCGGAUGAUCUAGCUCGCCUCCGAGCUGUGCAACCACUGGCAGCCGGGCAUCAAACAUCACCAGGCCGUCAGGGGAGAGAGAGAGAGAGCAGUAGAAGAAGAGAGGGCCAUCUAAGAAGAACGACGAUGACGGCUCAGCUCGUGAAACGGUCAUCUCGACGUCUCUUCAUCGUUGAUUGUCCUCUUCUUCCCUCCGAGUCCUCGCGGGUGUCGCCGACCAACUGCCGAACUCGGCCGUUCCUGCAACUGCCUUCCGUCUUAAUCUCCCGGACGUCCUUCAUGUCUGCUGCCUCGAUCCUCUGUCUGAUCUCUGCCUGA